UCAAGGUUAUCCAACGUUUAGUUUCCGGUUUUUACGACUGUUGAUAAGUACAAUAAUGGAUAAAUAGUUGAGACUCCAAAGUUAUAAUCAGUCAAUAAUGAGUUUUCUAAUAUAAGGUUGUUCGCGUUUACCAAGUGAUCGAAUAAAACAAGGCGGAUAUGGAUUUGAAUGAGUAUUUUCUCGAUGGAAUUAAAAGUUUUCUGAAAUCUCUUGCCAUGAAGCAGUGUAAGUGCUUGGCAGAGAAGCACGAACAACUGGAUAAAUAUUCGUUUGAUGAGUGCAGAAGUGAACAGUUCUUGAGUAGUUUACAUGAAGAAUACGAACGUCUUCGUCUUGGUGAUAAAAGUGCCCACAAUUUAAAGUUAGGGGUAUUGAAAACAAUAAAUGCUUGUGAGGAAAAGUUGAAGGAUUUAUCAUAUUGUCCAUAUGUGCCAACAAAAACAAAGCUUCUCGACAGGUACCCCGAAAAAACAUUUUCUCUAGUAUAUGAAGCGAUAUUCAAUAUUUUCUAUUAUACAGAUCAACAUUUCAGACAACACAAUUUUCAUGACUUGUUGUCCUAUUACUACACAGUACUGAAACAGGAAUUACAUUCUGACAUCAUUUCAUCUUUGGAUGCAGUGUGGGAAAAUAUAGUGAGGGCUGUUAUUCCUCUUGCGAAGUUACAUAUUCUAUCAACACUCUUUGAGACAUCUUCCUUCGGAGAUAUAUUUACGUUUGUUAAUCCUUUGAUAGUGGAAUUGAAUGAAAUAAUGAUGUUUCCCAGUAUAUUGAGAGAAGAUUGUUAUGAAAUAGUGAAAAAUAAAGCGGGCACUGAAAAUUUCAAACUGAUCAACUUUGAAUUAGCUCCUUUCAAAGGAAAUCCUGGAUACCUCGGGGAGUAUUUUCAGCUACAGAUAUCAUUUGAACUCGAGAAGAAGGAAAUAACAUGUCAAAUGUUCGCAAAAUAUAUAACGUCGAUGAACCAAACAUUGAGAGUAUUAUCUGAAAUAUCAUUCAAGAAAGAGACGUUCAUUUACAAACACUUCGUUCCGAAACUUAAAGAAUUUGGACUUCAAAAUAUUGCUAAUUUUGCUCCCGAAUGUUACUUUAUCCGAAAUAAUGAUGUUAUGAUACUAGAAGAUCUCUCAGUAUCUAAUUACGUCAGUCCGGAUCUAUCUUCUCCAGAAGAUUAUGAAUGGUGUGUGCUGGCCAUUAAAAAGUUGGCUCAAUUUCAUGCUUGUACUUUUCUAUUAGAAAAUAGAUCAGGCAAGGAAAUACAACAAGAAUAUAAGGAAUAUUUUCGUGAGGUAAUGUGGGCAAAGGAAGACGUGAGCGGUGCAAUCAUGAAGUGUUCUAUUAGAACGACUAUUGAUUAUUUUUUGGAAAAGUUCUCAGAUAUUUCAAAAGCAAUAACCUUAGGUCGCUUCAAAGAGCAGGUUGGAAUUGCCUUUGAUUCAAUGUAUGACCAUAUCGAAGAAUCUCAAAUUUACAGAAAUGUUGUAUGCCAUGGAGAUAUAUGGGUGAGCAAUAUACUAACAAAAAAGCAAAACAAUAUACCAACGGAUUGUUAUCUCAUAGACUUUCAGCUUAUCAGAUAUUCACCUCCAAUGGUUGAUCUGCUCUUCUUCAUAUACAUGAAUACCACCAAAAACAUGAGGACAAUGUUCAAAUAUGAACUAUUGGAUAUAUAUUAUGAAACCCUUUCGCAUAUUUUGAAAAUGUAUAAUGUAGAUAUCAACACGAUCUAUAGCAGGGAGAUAUUUUCACAAGCCUGCGAGGAGUUUGAAUCAACAGCGAUUUGUCAAGCGAUUUGUUAUCAUCAAAUACUACAGUUACCAAAAACAAUUUUAGAUGUAAUCAGAACUGACGAAAAUACUUCAAGAAAUUUUUUUCAAAUUAAUCGUAGCAAAAUUCUUGACGAAACUUUCGAAAAGGAUAUGAGGUACAGAUCGAUAAUGAGAGAUAUGUUAGAAGAUUUAUAUGCUGUUCUGAAUGUUUGAAAUUAGUUGUAUUUUGAGAAACUUUCAAUUUUUAUGACGCAUUACUUUUGGUUUUAAUAGCUGCAAAAUAGUCCGUAGGCUUUUUACCUUCAAGACAGUUAUUCUAUAUUAGAGAGUACUAAGGAGCUAUCAAAGAACUGAAACCUGUAUAAAUAACUCAAAUGAUAUGUGUGAAAAUUAAGAAGUUUUUGCGAAAAGACAUUGAUUAACAUUUUUGGGCACAACUGUGUUAAUUUUGUUAUCGUUAUUACCUAUGUUUGUUUUUGAUGGAAAUAUUCCUGAAAGUUUGUAACAUAUAUUAUUUUACUUGUUGCCUAAUACUCUUAUAUUUAUUUCAGAUAAUUGU